AUGGUCGAGAAGCGCCCGAGUGCAGUCGGCGACUCGCUGCGCGACGUCCAGCGGCGCAAGCGACGGACGACGCGAUCGGACCGCACUGUCCCGUCCCCAGACAUCACUGUGUCCCCCACCAGAUGCAGUGCUGAGCACCAGUCUCCGUCGCUUGCUGCGUACCCGACGUCAACGUCGACGUCCCCGUCCUCAAGAGCGUUUCUUUCCGCCGCAGAGCCACCGCCAAUGCUCGUUUUCCACGGCACGUUUCACGUGCUGGACCUCGACAAUGAACACAUCGUGACGUCGGUGAAACAUGACGCGCAAGGCGCGCCGUGGCGAGUCAUUUGGCAGCCUCGAAGCCUCACGGACCAAUCGUUUGUCGGUGUGUUUGUAGAGCUCGUUCUCGACGCCCGAGAGCACCAAAACGUAUCGUCACGAUUAGCGGAGAUUGGCAUCGUGCUCGUGCAUCAAGGAGGUCUUGCGUCAGUCGUGAAGCACACGAGCGUGCACGCGUUUUCCAAGGGCACGCCGAUCUUUGGCAUGAGUCAGUUUUGUUUACGCAGUGACUUGCUGAAUCCGAGCAAUCAUUUCUUGACAGCUGAUGGAAAAGUAGAGAUUGAAGUGCAGUUGACGUUUGUAGCAGAUGUUGAAGCGGAGAUUCAGAGAGACACACCCGCGUCAAUCAUGUCGUCUUGUCAAGGUGAAGCCUGGACAAACGAGUCAAAGUCGAUGCAGGAGUUGCAAGCGUAUGACUCGAAAGAGGAGACAGGGAUGGUGGGCUUGAAGAAUCAGGGAGCCACGUGCUACUUGAACUCUUUGCUGCAGACGCUGUUCCACUUGCAAGCGUUUCGGCAAGUGGUGUAUGAAACGCCCACGGCUCAGGAAGAUACAAAUGAUUCUGUGUCAUUGGCACUGCAGCGUGUGUUUUACCGAUUACAGCGACAACAAAGGGCAGUGUCGACGAAGGAGCUGACGCGUUCGUUUGGAUGGAGUGCAAUUGACUCGUUCAUGCAGCAUGACGUACAAGAGUUGUACCGGAUUUUGUGCGAUCGGUUAGAGGAAAAGAUGAAGCACACGAGAGUGGACUCGGCAAUAUCGAAGCUUUUCGAAGGCAAAGUGCGGUCAUUUGUGCAGUGUGUGAAUGUUGACUUUCAGUCGUUUCGUGACGAGAGCUUUUAUGACUUGCAGCUGGACGUGAAGGGCUGUAAAGACUUGAUGCAGUCCUUUCGCAAGUAUGUGGAAGUGGAAAUGCUGGACGGUGACAAUCAGUACGACGCUGAAGGACAUGGGAAACAGGAUGCCAAGAAGGGUAUUGAGUUUGCCUCGUUUCCACCUGUGCUCAAUAUCCAGCUGAAGCGCUUCGAGUACGACGCCAUGCGCGAUGGCAUGGUCAAGGUCCACGAUCGCUUUGAGUUUCCGAAAACACUUGUGCUCGAUGAGUUCAUCCGUGGCAGUAGCAAAACAGUAAGCGAUGACAGCCACGAGAAAUCCCCACGGUAUAUUUAUCACCUCCAUAGCGUGUUGGUGCACAGUGGCGAUGUGCACGGCGGUCAUUACUACGUAUUUAUUCGACCUGGGAAGCACACUGCUACAAGUACGGAUUGGUUCAAGUUUGAUGAUGACCAGAUUACGCGCGUGGAUGAACGUAUAGCGAUUGAGGGCAAUUUUGGCUCUAUUGGGACUCCUGUGACACCGCAAGAGGUAUCUACGGAACCGCCGUCGCCUCUGUGCUCAUCCUCAGUAUUUUGCCCGUCUGAUCCUGAAGGUACAAGCAUUGCAGAGCCAAGUGGCAUGGAUGGCUUAGAAUUCACAUCGGUGGCUGCGCCAGGCGUACUAGCUACCGGUGGUGACAAUGCCACGGAUGAAAUGUACGAGUAUAGCCAAUGCAAUGGCAACAGUAGCGUUCCGUUACGUCCUGCGCCAAGCAGCCUGACACUUCCACUUGGUAGGAGUUACUCUAGCGCAUACAUGCUCGUAUACGUGCGCAACGGUGAAAACGAUAUCAGCGCCAUUCAGGAAGGAGAUGCUGCACGUACAGGGAGCACUGCGAUGGCACCUUGUGUUUCAAAAGGGGUCUCCGCGGCUGACCAUGUAUCCGACAGCAUCAAAAUGGAAAUAUCGCCGGCCGAACCGGAUGUUUGUGCUUGGGACAUUGACUCAGUGGCGAUUCCCGCCGAGCUGGUGACACGAUUCCACGAGGAGGAGAAAGCAGUCAGCCGGCGCAAGAAAGCUCAGCAGACAGAACACUUGUACAUGAACCUUCGCAUCGCUUCUGACACGAGCAUCGCCAAACUGAAACGUAUAACAAAGACAAUGGACUUUUCUGGAUUCAACAACUCGAACACGUUGCGCAUUCGCAUCAAACGCGCAGCAUCUAUCCGGGAGCUCUACCGUCGCGUUUACAACGAGACUGGCGUUCCCAUGUCGCGACAGCGCUUGUGGAAAGUCAUCACGCGCGAAAAUCGCACAACUCGACCCGAUCAAUCUCUCGGUCCUGAUUUGUUCGGCUGUCGCGUGGACUGGCUGAUCGAGGACGAUGCCUCGCACAAAGCCCCUGUCAAACUGUACCUUCAGAUACUGAACGACGUGCCGGAAUCUUCCGCAGCUUCACCACCCGUAUCGCCGUCAUCUCCCUCCAUUCUUACGCUCGGAGUAGCGGAAUGGGUUAGAAUUGCAGCACCGGUCAUCCACCGGCAUUUCUGGGACGAAUUCACACCUCUAGAGAUCGAAGACAAAUUGCUUGGUGCAAGUGAAACAAAAACUAGUCAGGAGAUGGAGGAGGCGGAUGACGACGCGGCUACUGCAUUUGCUGUCGCUGACGAUCGCGUCGCAGCAGACCACGCGCCAGCGCUGCAGACUCAUGAGAUCAUAUUGUUCAUCAAGUUUUAUGACCCUACGAGGAAACUUGGUGAGCGAUUGGAGUAUGUGGGCAACGUAGUAGUGGACUCGCGGAUCACUGGUGCAGAGCUAGCUAAGUAUCUGCACGACGCACUAUCGAUUCCUGUCGUUGCGGACUUGCUCCUGUACGAAGAGGUCCAGCCUGCCUCUGUGUCGGAGAUUGAUAUGGAGACAACGCUAACGGGAUCUGAAAUUCAGAAUGGUGAUAUCGUUUGCUAUCAGUACGCAGAAGACGAAGACAUGUCGAGCUGUGCUGGGAUAAAAGCAGAUGAGGGAAUGGAAGACGAUGCUGGUGCGGCGGAGACGACGUAUGUUGGUCCUGAUGGUGAAGAAAUGAAGAGUGCGGUUUGCCCGGAUGGUGGCGAUAACCGCGUGGAUGAUACCAGCUCAUUAACAAAUUCGAGUACCUGGAAUGGCAACGACAACCGGGGCCCUCAUAGCCACGGGUCAACUGAGGUAGGACAAUCAUGUGCGGGAGAGCUUCACCAGCAUCAGAGACAGCUAGUUGAGAGGUAUCCAGACGUGCCCUCAUACUUCCAAUACUUGCUGGAUCGCGUGGAGGUGACGUUUCACCGCUACGGACACUCAAAGGAAGAGUCCUUUACCCUGCCGCUUUUGUUCAGUAACGUGUAUGAUGAAGUGAUCGAUGCUGUGGCGGCGCACCUGGGGCUUCUAGGUCCAAAGCGGCUGUUUAUACGAUUGUACCAGCACUCACCUCUUAACAAUUUGCCCAUGAAGUCGCCGUUGCGUCACUCCCGAUAUGCUGGGGACGACCAUACGACACUAGAGGAGCUGCUUACCGAAUACAUGGAACGCACCAAUAUUUUGUACUACGAGCUGCUGGCCCACCCUAUCACGGAGAUCGAAGCGAAGAAGGAGUUGCUCGUGCAUCUCAGCAUUUACGACGCUUGCUUUGCUGCCGAACAGGCAACACUCGCAUCAGCUGCCUCACCUCAGCGCCAUAUUGAAGUGCUUGUGAAGUCCACGCACAUGGUUCGCGACUUGCUAAAGCUUAUUCGGAAGGGCUGCAGGCUGUCAGAAGACACACCGCUGCGUGCGUGCGAGACCAUUCAGCACGGAACGAUGAUUACGCGUUUGAUUCAGGACGAUGCACCGCUGUCACGCUACUGGGGCCAAAGCGCAGUGUCAGACCCUAACUCACCUGAGAUCUUGGUGGAACAGAUUCCGAUCUACGAGGUGAGUAGCGGUAAUGGUGUGGUGGAAACGCAAGCGUCCGCAACAUCCGACGACACGGUAUCCGGUGUUGCUAGUACGGAGGUGAUCACAGUCAACGAAAUGCCAUCGCCGACGACCCAAUUGGCUCACGAUCGCUCACCGCGAGACUUGAGGAACACGACAUUUGACGACGACGACGCCCCACUGUGGUACUACAAGGGCGUGGUGCAUUUCAGUUUCCAGAACACCUCCCAGAAGUUGAUACACCCGCAUGGAGUGCCGUGUGUCGUGCGCUUUAGCGAGCGCGAUACCGUCGGCGACGUCAAGGAGCGUAUACGCCAGCGGAUGGGCAUUUCGGCUGAAGUGUUUGCACAGUGGAACUUUGCGCUCGUCAAGGACCUGAAAGCGUCGACGCUGCAGAGCGUGUACGACGAAAUGGAGCCCGAGGCGCUCGACGCGUUUCCCAUGUCGCGGCUCACAGAGCUCUGUGGAGCAGACUUUGAGCAUUUGGGCAGCUUGGGGCUAGAACACGCGGACCCGACACCAGUGCCUCACCACCACAGCACGAGGAGGCUGGAAACUGGUAUUCACAUCCGUCAGAGCUGA